AUGGCGGCAGAAGGAGAGAACUCAGCCUCCCGCAGCGAUUUCGAAUCGCUGGAUCCAACGCAUGAAGAUGAGCGAGGAAAUACGGAACUGGCCCGGCUGAGACGCAAUUACUCUCGUGCUUCCACAGCACAUGCAACUGAUAUACUUAGCGAUGAUCCAACUCGUGCAGAAAAAGUUACAUCUUUACCAGGAAAGUUCACCGCUGCUUGCAGGAGCUUCUGGCGACAUCAAAUCAGCGUCACCGUAGACCAUCGUACUUGCAGAGAUCAUUUGGCGCUAGAGAGGACCUUCUUGGGAUAUCUCAGGACAUCACUUGCACUGUCGAUGAUGGGUAUAGUGGUUGCCCAAUUAUUCCGACUCCAGCAUGCGCCGAAACCUCAUCCAACCAUUGGUUUCUAUGUUCUUGGAAAACCACUUUCGUGCAUCUGUCAAGGAGCUGCCAUUUAUACGUUACUGAUUGGAGCCUUCAGAACUUGGAGAACUCAAAAUGCAGUCGUGAGAGGCAAGGCUAUCACUGGCGGGUUUGAGAUCGUUGCACUUGCUUUUGGUAUAUUUCUUCUGCUUCUGAUAUUCUUGGUCCUUCUUGUGACCGUCAACAUCUUGAAAGAGGAUCUUACCUCAUCUAAACACAUAAUUUAG